AUGAGAUCUGCACGCACACGCGUCCAUCUGGAUGCCGUCCUCCGCCCACUGCAACAGACCACACGAUCGAGACUGUCGCGGCUGCCGCAAUGCCCAAGUGCCUCCGCGCAGGCUCGAACUUUCAUGGGUCGCUCGCGCCCCUCGCAUCGAGCAUAUGAAAGCUUAAACCUCGAUCGCAUGCGCACCGAUUCCUACUCGUACCAUAUCAAGAGGCAAAGAUUUCUUGCUGCCGGAUCAAUUGCUGGAAUCGUCGCCUUCAUCUACACGGCAUACCUACUCAAGAAGGAAAUUGACAAGCCGACAAAAUUCGACUCUGGCCUACCAAAGAAUGCCGACCCCUUCUUGACCGAGGCCGGGAGUAAGCGGAAGACUGUGGUGCACGAUCAGGAGGGCAGGGAGAUGGUCCCCACUGGUAACACGACCAUUCAGUGGUUUCCAAGGACAUUGGAACUCAAAGCUGGGGCCGUCGACGGGCAAGAAGUACACAAUGGCGUCGAGUAUACUCUCGUGGGCUUGGGUACAAGGACAGUCACAUUCUUGGGCUUUGAGGUCUACGUCGUGGGCUACUACAUUGCAACACCCGAUAUCGCAGCCAUACAGGCAAGACUCAUAAAGGACAUCAAUCCAAUUGCAACGACUCUUGUGCCGAGCGAGCGUGACGAAUUGCGGAGACGGCUCCUGGACCCGGUCGAGGGUGAGAAGCUCUGGCUUGAUAUUCUCAAGGACGUCAAGCCCAGAAGCGCCAUGAGAAUCAUCCCCGUGCGGAACACAGACUUCCCUCAUCUACGCGACGGUUUUGUCAGGGCGAUCACAGCACGAUCGCAGGCGCACAAGCAGGAGUACAACGAUGAGGCAUUUGGUGCCUCCAUGACUGAAUUCCGGACACUUUUCAACAGAGGUAAGCUGCCGGCAAAGGGAGAGUUGAUCAUGGUUCGCGAUGAGGCGGGUGCCUUGACAAUCAUGUACGAUGAUGGCAAGCAGCAAAAACAAAAGACUGAAAACGAGAAUGUUCUCGGUACUAUUGGUCGCGUGGCGGAUGAGAGGGUUAGCCGGGCGCUGUGGCUCAACUAUCUUGCUGGAAAGGCUGUAGCAAGUGAGCCGGCAAGAAAGAACAUUGUCGAGGGCAUCAUGGAAUUUGUUGAACGCCCAAUAGGCACCGUCGCUGCUCAAGUCCUAUGA